AUGGCCAGUGAUCAGUCCAUCGUCAUGUCCGAGCAACAGCGAGCUGUGUUUUGCUUGACAUUGAUGGCCGUCACGUACGGCCACUGCCGGCAGCCAGCCGACGCCGAACUGCUGCAUAGGCUGCAACGUGCUGAUCAGCCGCCGCCCAUCCGCGGCGCUAGGUUCAACGACGACGACGGCGUUGCUGAUUAUUUUGCAGCCGAUGAUGACGAAGCUUACAGCAACGGUGGCUUCGGCGCGGUGCCGGCGUUGAGCGAGGCCAUCGUUAGCCUGCCGGAGAUGGCCGUCGGCUGCGGCUGCGGCGGCGGCGGCGAGGCGAGGGAGAAGGAGUGCGGGGUGUGUCUAGAGGGGUUCGAGGAGGGUGAAAAGCUCAGGAAGAUGCCAUGCGAGCACUACUUCCAUGAGAGCUGCGUUUUCAAAUGGCUUCAGGUCAGCCGUCUUUGUCCCUACUGUCGCUUCGCCAUGCCUGCGGCUGAGGAGGAGGAACAUAACAAUGAUGAAGAAGAAGACGAAGCAAUGAUAUGCAUCCGUUUCUUGUUCCCUGAGUAG